GAUGGAGGGAUGAGUGGGGAGAGAAGCUGCUUUACAAAACACUGAAACAUGUAGUCAGAUUUAUAUACAUCUUCAUUCAAGUUUUCAGGCGAUUUGUCAAAAACUGCGUGUGUGAUGGAGGGUGGAGAACCUGUGGAAAAGUGACUCAUUUCUUUAGCAGUUGAUGCAUUGCUUUUAUAAAUAGGUUCAUUUGCCUGACAUCGCAUGUGUUAACGUGAAUGUGUCAGUGUGGCUGUGCAUGUCCGGUUGCUUUUGAAAGACUGCAGGCACAACAGUUGACUCUGAUCUGUAAAUAUUUGAGGUGACAGACCUCAUCAAUGAAAAAGUCUGGUUGCGAAAUGGAGAAAGCUGUUUCGCUAGAAGUACACUGCUAUGUUUAUUUUCUAAACCAAGAGCUCAAUAUUCAAAAUAGCUGCACCAAUCAGGAGCUUGUCAGCGUGUCACAGUCUAUAGAGGUAGAUUGCCUCAAGCAGCAGCUACAACACAGGAAGCUUUCAGUACCUCAGGUAAUGUAGCAGCGCUGUACUGUAUUUGUGUUUGACCUGUUUUAGUUUAUUUGGCAUAUUAUUUAUGGCAGAACCAGAGAGACAUGAAGCUGUCAAACUACACAAGUACUUUAACAGGAAUAGUAACGGUUAAUGGUUGUCGUUCCCCCCCCAAUUUCAGACAGAAACAUAACUCUCAUAGCUUUUAUACUUCAGAAAAUAGAUAUUAGUAUAUUUUAUAGUAUAAUUUCUAGCUUUCUAGUUCUUUUUUCUAAUAUUUCUCUAUGUCUCUAUAUUGGAAAAAUGGUGGAAAUAAGUCCAGGAUUUAAUCAGUCUAUCCCUAAUAAAGUGUGAUAUGUUGUAUGUUAGAUAUAUCAGAAUGCUGUCAUUGUGCCUUUUUAUCAUAUUGAACAGUAUUUUUUUUUUUAAUUAAAACUGAUAAUUGACUAAGUUGCUAAUUGUUAAUGCUUUACUGUAACUGCAGGAUGGCUGUGAAGCUGCUCUGUCUCUGCCUGCUGCUGGCUCUAUUGUUUCCCAGCUGGGCUAAAAAACAAACAUGUCUCACAUCUGCCUCCAACUGCAAUGAGUGCAUCCAGUCUGGCCCGGAGUGCGCUUGGUGCACUGCCCCUCAUACUAACACUCCCUGUCAUACCCUGAGAGGGCUGCAGAGAGCAGGCUGUCCUAAAAGUCACAUAUACAACCCUCAGGGCAGGGUGCAAGUUGUCAGGAAUGACAGCAGCACCGAGCCAGCAGACGCCCAGGCUCUGCUCCUCCAGCCCCAGGAGUUGUCCCUCCGUUUGAGGCCAGGUGUGAGCCAGUCUUUCCCUCUAACUAUCACUAUGCCUACAGACCAGCCAAUCACAGAGAUGAUCAUGGACACCAGCCCUGUGCCCGCAGGACUCAACAUCACAUUUGGCAGCAUCAUGAAAGGAAACCCCCUGGUCAUACAGGUGAAGGUGGAGGCUGCCCAGUGUCCCAGUGAGAGUGAUGACUCAAACCAGAACAGGACUGGGCCCUGGUCUGUCCACGUCACACCCAAAGGCUUUUCACAAAGUGUGAAGUUAGAGAUAUCUUUGGAGUGUCAGUGUGACUGCAUGAGAAACUGUGAGGAAAACAGCCCUGCCUGCUUUGGCCGUGGGACUCUGGUGUGUGGCCAGUGUGAUUACACUACACAACACUGCCGGGGGGAACUUGAUUCUUUUUCGUCACCAGGUGAUGACCGCUGUCGCUCAGGCCCGAACGCCCCGGUAUGCAGCGGUAAAGGGAAGUGCGUAGAGGACUUCUGUGAAUGUGACAAGCGGGUAAACCCGAAAGAAAGAUACAGCGGACAAUACUGCGAGUGCAGCAACUUUGACUGUCCGUACCACAACAACAGAAUAUGUGGAGGCCACGGGAGCUGUGAAUGUGGACAGUGCAUUUGUGAUGACGACUGGACACAUGAUGACUGCAGCUGCUCCAUGGAAACUGCUUCCUGUAUGGCAACAAACCAGCAGCUGUGUAACGGGAGAGGGAUGUGUCAGUGCGGAAAAUGUCGGUGUGAACCUCCAUACACAGGCCCCACCUGCGAGUUCUGCCCCUCUUGUGUGGGUGUAUGUCAUCUGCACGCAGAGUGCGUGGAGUGUCUGGCGUUUGGGACAGGAGCGAAGAAGAACAGGUGUGAGACAGAGUGCAGCCACCUCACCGUGACAAUGGUGGAGACCAGAGAUGAUAUGCCUGAACCAGGAGAAACAACUGUACACUGUAAAAUGAUGAGCCGCGAGGACUCCUGCUUCAUGAACUACUCCUUCUCCCAAACGCCCUCUGGAGGACAGUCGACUGUGGUGCAGGCUAAGGAUUGUUCUCCUGCACUAUGGCAGUGAUCCACCAGGGGUUUUCUGCUUUGAAUUUUUAAGUUCCCUGAACAUUUAGUUCAAAUGUUUUUAUUCUGAAUCCCUAAACUGCCUUAUUCAUUUGAAUUAUUGUCAGAAAUAGGUUAAAAAAAAUUACCACCUUGAAAACACUGUGAUGAUACACUGUUAUUAAACUUAAG